GUUUUUAGAUAUUAAAGAAAAGAAAAAAAAAAGAGUUUUGUUUUUUUUUCUGUUGUUGGCCGAGAAAAUUUCCAAUGUUCCCGGUCACAAGUCGCCGCCACUUCACAUCCUCUCUAUAUAUCCUCCGUUCAUCUUCUCCACACAACCAUGUCCUCUACUCUUCCUCCUCUUUCCUCCCUUCCUUCAUCUCCUCCUCAUCUCCAACCAAACACAACAACAACAAACAAUCACCUCCAAUGGCCGCGUGCAUCGACACGUGCCGAACCGGAAAACCACAGAUCUCCCGCGACUCAAACCGGUCCCUCGACGACGAAUCCGGUUUACGCUACUCCAAUUACUUCCGCUCCUCCGGUUAUCAAUCUAUCAACGCCACCACCCAGACGAAAACCCUCCACACCCGUCCUCUCGUCGAAGACCUCGAUCUCCACCCAAACGACGACGUCUGGGCCAAGAUCCGACAAGAAGCCAAAUCCGACAUCGAGAGAGAACCCAUCGUCUCCGGCUACUACCACGCCUCGAUCGUCUCCCAGCGGUCCCUCGAGGCAGCUCUAGCCAACACGCUCUCCGUCAAGCUCAGCAACCUGAACCUCCCGAGCAACACGCUCUUCGAUCUCUUCAGCGGCGUCCUCGAGCAGCACCCGGAGAUCGUCGAGUCCGUCAAGCGAGACCUCUUAGCCGUUAAAGAGCGUGACCCGGCCUGCGUCAGCUACCUCCACUGUUUCCUCCACUUCAAAGGCUUCCUGGCCUGCCAGGCCCAUAGAAUAGCCCACGAGCUUUGGACCCAGAACCGAAAGGUGUUAGCUUUGCUGAUCCAGAACAGAGUCUCGGAAGCCUUCGCGGUGGACUUCCACCCCGGGGCCAAGAUCGGGACGGGUGUUCUCCUCGAUCACGCCACCGCGAUCGUGAUCGGGGAGACGGCGGUGGUGGGGGAUAAUGUGUCGAUUCUGCAUAACGUGACGCUGGGAGGGACGGGGAAGCAGGGCGGGGAUAGGCACCCGAAGAUCGGAGACGGGGUGUUGAUCGGAGCUGGGACGUGUAUUCUCGGGAAUAUCACGAUUGGUGAAGGGGCGAAGAUCGGUGCUGGGUCGGUGGUUUUGAAGGAUGUGCCGCCGCGGACGACGGCUGUGGGGAAUCCGGCGAGGUUGCUUGGUGGGAAAGAUAAUCCCAAGAGGCAUGACAAGGAUCCUGGUCUGACUAUGGACCAAACUUCGCAUAUAUCCGAGUGGUCGGAUUAUGUAAUUUGAAUGUGUUUUGUUGUUUUUUAUUGCUUCCCUAAUCAGAUCAUUUGUCUCUCUGUAUAAGAUACUAUUUGUCUGAUUAAGAUGGGAUUUGGAACUAAAACUCGGAAACUCUAAACGUUUGUUUGAGUUUCCUGUGGUUCGUUUCUGAUUAGCAGAGACUCUUUUAAGAAUAUGUUUAGUAUAUGUAAGUGUGUUUUGGGAAUAAACCGAAAGUUUAUCA